AUGAAGGAAGACUCGAAUUGGAUUGUCGUUGCCGAGAAGAAGAUACGACAGGAACUCGAUGCGUCUAAGAAGGAACUCAAACUUAUCCAAGAUGUCAUAGACGAACGGGGAACCAACUCAACAACAUCGAAGGCACCUGGUAUCAGGUUCAAAGAUCAGAUGUUCUGUAUGAGGGCUUGCCAAGAAUAUUCCGGCUCGAGGGUACAUAUGCUCGAAGAACGGAUACGACAGAUUCACGUCUGGUAUAGCAACGAAAGAAUGGGCAGAGAGAUUCCUGACAGGGUGCCAGAUGAGUGGUUCAAGGUUGAUAUUGAGUGGCGGCAAUGGUUAAGUGAGCAAACCACCUUAAAAGCGAACGCGCGCAAUAGCCAGUCGGUUGAAUGUAUGGAAGUGAGAUUCUGGGGACCACUAAUCCCCCUCCUCGAUAUUUAUACUGGGUGA